AUGUUGUUAAUAUUUCUAUUACACUUUAGUUUGCAGGUUGUAGUCGAACAAUGUGCAGUUGAAAGUUCAGGAUUUGUUCUUUUAGACUACUAUCAAAAAUGGUGUCCUGCCUGCCAAAAGCUUGAUCCCGUGCUUGAAGAAAUCGAUAAUACACUUGAAAGAAAUGGUUAUGAUAUUACUGUUCAAAAAGUUGAUUGUAACAAUUGCGAAUUUAAUAAAGAAGAUAUCAAGUCAUUUCCGACAGUUGUUCUAAAAAACAAUGGUAACGAAGUAGCGAGAUUUUCUGGUUACAAAUCAUAUAAAGAACUGGGUGAGUUUUUAUCUACGCACUCUGAUGUUGAUAAAUCCAUUUUCGAUAAUCACAUAGAAAGUAAACCAGCAGAAUUACUUGAACUAAUCGAUUCAGAUAUGUAUCAAGGACUUGAUGGCCCAUGGAUUGUUUACUUUUACUACAAGGAUCCUUCAAAAUUUGAAUCUACUAUGUUAGAAUUAGAAAAAAUUUAUAACGGAAAAAUCAACUUCGGUAAAAUAAGUUAUGAACAAUCUAAAGAUUUAAUACAUCAAUAUAACAUAAAAAGUUAUCCUGCAAUUUACGGUAUUUUUAAUGGUCUUAUGGUCCCUUUUCUAGAGGCAGUAAAUUUAAACGAAUUGUCAAAAUUUGCAGAUAAAUUAAUUGCGCCUAGUUUUAGAAAACUAAAAUUAGCUGACUUUAAACAAGAAAUACAACUACUGGAACACGGUGAACCACUUUAUCUUGUAUUUCAUACAAAUCAAUCAAAAGCUAAUCAAUAUUUUGCUGAACAUGCUCACAAAUAUAAAUUUAAAACAAAAAUUUUUAAUACUGAUGAUGCAGCAUUAUUUUCGAUGGCUUCGAUAUUUCCGUCAUCGAAAACAGAAAAGCAAAAUCUUACCGAUUCUGACGCAAUAAAAUUAGGAGUUUAUAAAAACGGUCGAUUUUAUGAAUAUAAAGGAGAUAUUUCUAAUGAAAAUGAUAUUGCCGCAUGGUUAUUUCAUACACAUUUCAGCUACGUAACAGAGAUCAAAAGCUCAACUUUUACUUCUAUCUUUAAUGGAUAUAAGCCUGCCAUGGUUUUAUUAACAAAGGGUGAACAAUUUAUAAAAGAAUUUAAUGAAUUUUCUGCAGACAGACAUUUAGGGGCUCCUUUUAUACACAUCCUAUUUGCUGUUUUAAAUACUAAUGAAUACGAAAAUUUUGUUCCAUCAUUGCUUCCAAAAAUGACCGUGCCCAAUCUUGUUGUUUAUGAUCCAACUACUAAACAGUUUAGACAUACGGACAUGAAUUUAACAAAAGAAACGUUCAAAGAAAGCGCUAUGAAAAUGUUAAAAAUAUAUGAAGAAGGUAAGUUACAGCUAUAUCCUCGUCCGCCGUCUCAUAAGAAAUAUUAUUUGCUUGCAGUAGGAUUUGUUAUAUUAGGUGCGCUAUUUAUAGCAAAAUCAAGUAAGAACAAAAAAAGAGUCUAA